GCGAGCCGACCAACACCAGCCAGCCGCCCAACACGAGCACGGCGGAGUCGGAGGAUGCUGCGAGUCCCGGGACCCUGAGUCGGCGGCGGCUUUGGCUUCUGCCCCUCUCUUCCAUCCCGUUCUCCUCCCAAAUUCCAGCAAUGGCAGAGCCGAUUCCAGCGGAUUCCAGCAUCAUGGUCACGCCUCCAGUCUAUCGGAGACGCAAUCCCUCCGAGGAAUCACGCGGCAUCUCAAAUGCAGGCGGCAAGGAUCAUGGAGUGGCCAGCUCUACAGGGGAGACUAGCCAGGCCGCCAUUUCUGCAGGCCCACCAGAUAAGCUUGACCCGGAGUCGGCAAAGGCGUGCCUCGAGGUGGAGAAGACGCACCCCAGGAUCCUCCCUCUUCUUGGGAAAGCAUACUUCGCAUGCGUCGUAUGCAAGUCGCAUGUUCAGCAACCAUUUCAAGUGGUGGUUCCAAGGUCGAUGGUGCCGUUCCUCCCAUCGAAGCCGACGCCGGCGACCCUGACAUGGCAGGGUCGGUCCUGGGAGAUGCGCUUCACAGGGGGACGGCACAUCCAGCGGCUGGAGGCAGGGUGGCGGGGUUUCGCGCUGGACAACGCGCUGAGGCUCGGCGAUGGCUGCGUGUUCGAGCUGGUGGGGUGCGAUGGCGAGGGCAUCGUGUUCAGGGUGCAGGUGCUGCGCGCCGAGAUCCCGGCGAGUAUCCGGGAGAGGGCGGGCGGGUACACCCCGUCCAGCGCCAUCGUGCUAGACUAGCGGAGAAACCGUGGCGUAUGUCACCUGCGUGGCUACGUGGACAUGCCAUAUGUCAUUCGAAUUUGAACUGAACUCGAACCGAGAACUGUAACAAAACUAGUGAGUCGAGGUGUGUUUUCGAUGGAUUUUGUGUGAUUCAAUCGGUAUUGGCCUUUGAUGGAUCUCCGUGGAGCGUCUUUGUUCGUGUCAAUAGAUCGGAUUGUUCUGAUCUAUGAUUCGUUUUAUCGAUGAUGAUUGUUAUUCUGGUACGCUGGUUUUGUACGGUCUUAACAAACAAGAUCAUCAUGAUGUCUUUUUGACUAUCUACUAUAACAAA